ACUAUGUUGAUAUCGAUAUUGCAGAUCAGAUAUUUUGACAAUAGAGUUUAUGUAAUUGAGAUAAAAGAAAAUGAGACUGUAUUGGAAGGCCCAGGAUGGAACGAUACACUUGAUACUAUGAACGCAUUCGACACUGUAUAACAAUUUGUUUGAUAGGAAUCUUUAAAAAGUACCUGUAUUCGGAUUAAGGCCUAUACAGUUCAAGAAAUCAGGGAACGGAGUUUGAUUGAUGAUACAAAAGAGUAUUGAGACUAUUCGGUACAGUUGACAAAACUGGAGUCACCCAGAGAGUCAUUCUACUGACUACCAUGUUUAGCACGUAUAACAGAUAUCCUGUCUUGUAUGUGCUUUUGGUGGGUUGUAUCACAGGCGCUUACCAAAGUAGAGAUGGGGGACAAUUCUGCCCAUCGGGAUGCCAUUGCACCAACCAUGAUAUUUACAACAUCGACUGUAGCAACAUGGCGAUUACAUAUAUGCCAACUUUCGACAGAUUACCACAGGAUGUCCCGAUCAGCAUUAACAUGAGUCACAAUCGUAUUCAAAGUAUAGCCAAGGAGGACUGCAUACACUUAGGACAAGUGAUUCAGAUAGACUUAAGCUAUAACGAGCUAUCACAUGUCCACUCGGAAGCCUUCAGAGAACUUACAAACCUGAAGGAACUGCUACUCCAUGGUAAUAUACUAGAUACGAGUACGUUCGGAAUUUCCAAGCAUCUACCAAAGUGUUUAGAGUCCCUCAGCGUCGAUGCACGCAUACUUACAAGUGAACAAAAAUGGGAUGGACAAUCAAUUGUGAACUUAAUUGUCUACACCGAUGACGCUGAAGCGUUCGAACCUAAAUACCAGCAAGGCUUGACUAGGGUUUUCAACCUAAGUAUCCAUGGGAAUAAUAUAAAAUGCAUUCCACGUGUGAUUUUCGAAUGGGAAUCUAGCAAGGUCAUUAACGUCGAGCUUUCCGGACAUAAAAUCAAAUCACUGGACAUUCCUAGACUCUCUAAAGACAUAACUAUUGGGGACUUGAAAAUGAACUUGAGGGGCAAUAAAAUAUCGAAAAUCACAGCAAUUCAGACGGCAAACUAUUACCAGUUUCAAAAGGUUUCUUUGAUAUUGCCAGAAAACGACAUGGACUUUAUAGAAGAAGGAAUAUUCCCCAAUAUCUCACGAUUUGGAGUUUUGGAUUUGAGUAGAAACCGUUUAAAAGGUUCUGAUAUUAUUCGACUCUUCAAAAGUAUUAGAGAUGUACCGAUCCAUGCAUUGCUUUUGAAUGAUAACAACAUUGACUUGAAUAAACUCAACGCGGAUAUUUUUGAACCAUUGAGGAAUAGUGACUUGCAUACUCUUGAUCUAUCAAAGAAUCAUAUUCACUCUAUAGACCGGGAUGUAUUUCGAUUUCUUCCACAUUUACGAGAAUUGAUUGUUUCAAAUUUACACCAACCUGAAGUGUUUAUUCAUACAAAUCUUAAACACUUGACAGUACAUAGUAUACAUCCUAGAUACGUCCCAGAGUUAUUCGCGUCCCUGCCUGGCAGUUUACAAACGUUAACUAUUUCAAACAUUGAGGAUAGCUAUUCAUCGGAGAAACAAUUUGAAUUAAAAAAUGCACACAACUUACAAAAACUAAGAAUAAUAGAUUCACCGUUCCAGUUCAGUUUAAAACUAUGGAAUCUAAGUACACUAUCUGACCUUGAAUUAACCAAUUCCGGAAUUCGAUUACGUGGACUUGAUAUUGAUGAUGCAGUUAUUUCACAGCUCACCGAAGUCGUGUUUAGAAAUGAGGAGACGUUCAACGGGCGUGACAUUAUCACCUUUUUCAAAAUGUUUGACAAAGGGUCAGCACUCGAAGUUCUUGACUUUAGUGAUAAUGAUUGGUCUAUUUUAGAGGACACGGAAAUACAAAUCAUCGUAGCUGACCUUGAGCUCAAAAACCUAAAAGAAUUACGAUUGUCUAACUGCAAAUUAAGAGACAGCCACUUAGUUAAGAAUGUUUUUAACGGGUUGCCCAAAGUCGUACUUGUUGACCUAAGUUAUAAUAUUCUUGGCCAUCUUCCAAAUGGGAUUUUCAACAGCUUGUCUUCACUUCGUGAGUUGUAUCUCCAAGGAAACCAACUAACAUUUAUCGAUCCCAAUAACUUUCAACAUCUUCCUCUUACCUAUGUUAACGUCGAGAACAAUCGAUUCCGUUGUGACUGUGAUAUUCGAGAAUUCAGUAAAUGGAUGAGAGAAUUCGUCAAAAAGAACGAGACUGCUCUACUCCGGGGAUAUGAUAGCGAAUGCAAGUAUCCUAUAGCUCUUUGGAAUAGGGAAACGAAAGUUGUUGAUUUUUUCCCGAAUGAAAUAUUGUGCGAUGGAAAUAUCUUCAAAAUCACAAUUCCAAUAAUCAUUUUCCUCAUUGUGAUCAUUAUUACUGCGGCCUUUGUGCAUCACUUUUGGGUGGAGAUCAAAUUCAAAGCUGCUAUUUGUUAUCAGGAUUGUAGUGUCCACGUCUUUGAUAGAGGAUACAAGGGCGUCCCGUCGGUCCAGUUCUCAUUUGAUGCCUAUGUCGUCCAUCACGAUACCGACCUAUUGUGGGUAAUGGAUAACCUCCUUCCAAAUCUCGAGGAAUCUCCAGAUCUUAAAUUUACGUUAUGUCUGGAGGAGAGAAAUUUCAUUCCUGGAAAUUGGCGGGAAGAUAAUAUACUACGAGCAGUACAAACAAGUAGAAAGACAAUUUUGGUAAUAAGUAAGGCUCUAUUACAGAGCUCCGAAGGUGUUCACAAACUUGAGAUUGAACUGGCAACUGAUCAGUUUUACGAAGGACGUAGACACAGUAUUAUUGUUAUUAUUCUUGAUCACUGUAUCGUCAAAAAACAUCUUCCAAAGAAGCUAAGUGUGUUGCUUGACUAUGCUGUUGUUUUGUACUGGCCUCGGAAACAGAGUAACAUAAAUAAAUUUUGGAAGGAACUUAAGCUGUCUUUAUUGUCAGUGGACAAAUAUCGAUAUCAGGGGCCACUCAACCACUCGCAUUGCACAUCAGAAACAUGUGCACUUUGUAGAAUAGAUACCUCCAAGUUGCUGAUUCUUCCAGACAGUCACAAAGGGCCUGCACGGAGUCAUAGCUCUCCUUCUUAACAAUUUAAUACGUACGCGUGAACAUUAUCUGCACCAUGUGCAGUGAGCACGUUGUCAAAUUAAUGCUGGGAAUUGAUACCUCCAACAGUGUCCAAGUCAUAAGACUUACCUCUAAGUUACUGAAACAUCAAGAUAGACAGAAAGGAACAGUACGGUACUAUACACCAUCAUACUAUCUAUGAUAGCAUUGCCCAAGUCUGUAUUAUUUUUUAUUUAUCUUGAUUUUCAAUUUAUAUACAGACAAGUAAAAGAGACUGACUUGGGCAAGGCUAUAUCUGUGCCAUUCUAUCGAGAAUUGGAAUAUUUGUAUAAAGAAUUGAACAUAUUUUUUACAUUGUAUUAUUCAUAUUAUUUGUUAUUAUUUUGUUGUAGUUAAGAUAUGGUCAUAUCAUAAUAGUGCUAUAUCGGAGUCUUAUUUUUCUUGUCUGCACAUUUGCAGAUGGUCAGAUUUAUUUGGAGCGUUUAGGAAUGUUCUAUACUAUACUAAUAAUAGGGAGUUUAAGCUGGCAUAUAAAAUCGAAAAAUGACCAAUCGCCCAUACAAAUGCAUCGCUUAAAUAUUUUCCGUUCACGUUUAGGUUGUGAAAAACAUUGCAAGCUUAAACUCCCUAACAUCUAGAACUGGGACUGGUGGCUCUUUUAAGACGUUAGUCGUGUUCUAAUUUUGUUAUUUUUAUGUGAUUGCAGAAUC